GUAAUGUAGGAAAAAAAUUUAGAAAGAAAUGGCAAAAUAUAAGUUUAGGAAAGGGUUGUGAUCAUUCAGGACAAAAUCGACAUGAAAAAUUACAUACAAUAGGUUUUUAUCAUGAGCAUAGUAAUAUAGAUAGAGAUAAAUAUCUUAAAAUUUUUUAUCAAAAUAUUAUUCCUUCUCGUAAACAAAGUUUUGAUAUUGUAUCAAAAAAAGAUUCAAAUACUUUUGGUGUUCCAUAUGAUUAUGGAUCUGUGAUGCAUUAUGGCUUAUAUUAUUUUACAAAAAAUAGAGGGAAAACUAUGAAACCAUUUGUCUCAUUGUAUAAUAUGGCACCAGGAUCAUAA